AUGCGCGCCUUCAUUGUUAUGUGCCUGGUCUCCGUCGCCUUUGCCGAUAAGCUGGGCUACAACUAUCAACCUGUCGCACACUCCAGCAAUGGAUUGUCUUUCGCUCCAGGCGGCGACAGUUUCUCUUCUGGAAACUUGGGCGGCCUAGGUGGAGGCAGUCUAGGUGGAGGCAGUCUAGGUGGAGGCAGCCUAGGUGGCGGCAGUCUAGGUGGAGGCAGCCUAGGUGGCGGCAGUCUAGCUGGCGGCAGUCUCGGUGGUCUUGGCAGCGGUCUUGGCGGCGGUCUUGGCAGCGGUCUUGGCAGCGGUCUUGGCAGCGGUCUUGGUAGUGGACUGGGUGGUGGCUUGGGAAGCGGCCUGAGUGGAGGUCUAGGUAACUUGGGAGGCCUCGACUCUGGCAACCUGGGUGGCUCAUCUCUCGAAGCCCCAGUUACCUAUAAUGCCCCAGCUCCAGCUGCUGAACUACAGAAAGAAUUCUUCACCUACACCGCUAACGAACAGGACUUUGAUGAGCCUCAAGCUUUGGAAAAGGUGUCCAGCUCUCUGAACAAGGGUCUGCGUGUUGUCUUCAUCAAGGGACCCGAAAACCGUGGCCUGGAGAAUGCUGCUCUGGCUCUGGCCAAACAGGCUGCCCAGCAGGAGACCGCCAUCUAUGUGCUAAACAAACAGGCUGAUAUUGGUGAUCUGGCCAACAGACUAAAUGCUAUUCGCAGCAACAACAAUAACAAGCCCGAGGUCCACUUCGUCAAGUACCGCACCCCUGAGGAUGCUGCCAAUGCUCAGCGCGCAAUCCAGUCCCAAUACGAUCAAUUGGGUGGCUCCUCUCAGGCACAUGAUGGUGGUGUUGCUUCAUCCCUGAACUUUGCUUCACAAGGACCAGUCCGUCAGGCUACUGCAAGGACCCCCGAAAACUCCUACCUCCCAACUUCGAUCUUCCGUCGUAUCUAA